AAUCAGACAAUUCAGUUUUAGUUGUUAUGACUCUUUGCUCCGAUCUCAUACGGAGUCCACGUAUUGGGGCUUUGCCCGUACAAUCACCAAAAUUAUUCAAAAAACAACGAGAUCAAAUAAAGAUCAGUCACAGUGAUAAAUCUGAUGAUACAGACUCAGGAUAUAUAAGUAGAGCAACAAGUGUUGAAAAAUUGUCAACUAAAAGUACACAUGAUACAAAUUCUUCUACUUUAUCGAUUGAAUCCUUCCAGUUAUCAGUUGAUGAAGCGGAUUCAAACAAACACCAUCACUCACAACGAAGAAAUUCAUCAGGACAAAAAUUAGCUAAAUUAUUGAAUGUUUUUACACCGUGUCGUAAUCGUAUAGCUCGUCGGAGUAGAUCAUUCGGUGAUAUUAAUAAAACAAUGAAAUCUAGUCAUAAAUUUAAUUGGAAAUUUAACACUUAUUCUUCACAAUUAAAGGUUCUGCCAGUAUCUGCUCCGUUGGUCACAUCACGUACAACCCUAUCAAUUGGACGUCAAAAUGAUAUUGCCAAUGAAUCAAUGCACGAUAUUCCGUUUUCUCCAUCUUCUGUGCUAACCAAUUCAGAUAUUUCCUAUUCGUCUCAACUGGACAUUUUAAUCGCUGAACCGAGUCAUGAUAUGUACGAGUUUCGCAGGCGUUGGCCAUCAUCGUUUCUAGCCUUGGUUACUAAUUACUUAGGCUUUCUAGUAUUCACUUCAGAUGAAUUAGAUCAAAUCCGUGAGCUGUUAAUCAAAGAUGCUAAACAGUCAAACAGUCAAUACUAUCAAACUUCAUCGACAGCAACGGCACCACUGACAUCCACGUAUGGAUUGAUUACGUCAUAUAGUACAAAUGUCAAUAAUGAUAAAAUAGAUGUUGGCAGCACUAAUGCCACAAGCAAUGCAAGUGGAGUUAAAACACAGUACACACCAAGAAAAAUGCUGAACCGAUUGCGAGAACAAAAACAGAAUGCCUCGAAAGACAAUGAAAUUGACCAUUGGUAUAUGGUUGUCAAUACCGUUCUUCGAUUCUUGCUUUCCAACAAACGCUACAAACAUCGAUUUAUAUUCCGACGUCCUGGGAAUCAGUCCAACGUAAAUGAUUUAGAAAAAGCUUUAUUCCAUCAAAGGCCCUCUUCCACUUCCUCUGCGUCGUUUACUUUGUUGUCAUCCUCAGCCUCCACAUCUUCGACAAUGUCUUCUACGUCAUUUGCAAAAGUUAACUCAAAUCAACUUGACGGUAGUUAUUCAACGGAACUGAAUGACAUUGACAAGAUCCUAUUAGAACAUGAUCCUUCUGUAAUCGCUUGCUUGUUGGCUCGUGUUCUGCGUAGACAAGGAAUAGGCUUAAUCCCUAAUCCAUUACGUCGUUUAUUCAUUCAGUUGAUUAGUGGUGUCAAAGAGAAUGAAGUACACCAACGUCGUGCUAUCCGCCUACUCUUUCUUCUGUGUCCAAUACGUUUAGUUAAUCAGAUUAUUAAGCCGUUGUUUGAAUUAAUGGCUAAUGUGGCAAAUGAACCAGACUGUGAAGUAGAUGAAGCAAGUUUAGCUGUAUUAUUUUCACCGAUCUUCUUCUUGGAUCGUUCAACAACUACACCAAUUGCAUUAGCUAAUCCCCUACCAAUACGUGUACUCGAUUUGUGUGUACGACUAGCACGAGAUGAAUUGAAAUUGAAUGCAUCUGUAGCCAAAUUAUUUCAAAUUCCUGUUCUAUUUAUACAUGAUUGUAGCAAAAAUUUGAUUGCACAUCAGACAUCAGAUAGUCCUCCGUUAUGUUGUAGUCUUAAAUACUGUGUUACUAUGACGCCAAGUCCACGUUCACAAGGCAAGAAACCAAAUGAAUCAUCCUUAUCCAAAUCAGAUACUUCUACAACUAGUACAAAGUCAAACGGUCCCAGGGUAAGCCAAUCAAUAGUCAAUAUCAUUUUUUUGCUUGCCAUUAAUUUUUACUGAAUUAAGAUUGUUUUUAUACAUAUCGAUUAGAAAAAGAACUUUUGACUCCUUCAAAUACCUGAAUAAUCUAUUAUUAAAAGGAAUGUUUCUAAAGCAGCCUUUCUCACCAGCCAGUGCUUAUACGUGUCAUAUAGCCUUAUUGAAGAGAUGAACACAUUUACUGUUAACUUUGUCGGUCAUAAGCUUCAGAAGUACUUAGUGAUGAUGGCAAGUAUUAUAAUAGAGCGCAGCUACCGAAAUCAUUUUAUCUCUUCCUUUAUCGAAUAAGAGUUCGAUUACGUGGAAUAAAUGUUUUCAGAGUAUUAAUAUUUGUGAGAUAUACUCCUGAAAGACUGGAAACAAUUGUUUGAGAUUGAAUAAUAUAGAUGAGUGCUAAACACUUAAAGCAAUUGACCUUACUUCAGCAUUGAGUAAAUACUUACUCGGACCUUCGAGAGAAUAUAAAGACUUCUUCAAAGUUGUUGAUGCACGGCGGAGUGAGUAUCGUGACUGAGUGGCCUAGUGGAUAACGCUCUGGUGUUUGAAGUGAUCGGUGGGAAGAAAAUCACUCACUAGGAGGCAGGUGUAUCCAGCUGAUGAUUCCGAAAUAGGACGAAACACACGUCCUGGAUUCCACUGCCAGCCACUAUCCAUCAUUAAAAUCAAAAAGUUGUUGAUGAACCCUGUUUAUAACUGAUAAACAAGGUAGAAACCUAAGUCUAGAGUAUCCUGUCAGCUGACCUCCAACAUUGUUUAGCUUACACCACUUUUUCCUGCCCAUUCCACUUUUUGUUUUAUGUGACUAAGGGAUCUUCUUUGUGUAGUCACAGUAGUAUUACGAGUCUAUCAUUAAAUUAGGCGGUGAUGUAAUGUAGCAUAGUAGAAAAGCUUUUACAACUGAUGAAAUUUCAUUGGUUUUCACGACUAUUUUUUUAAAACAGUUUUUCUCUUUAUUCAUUUUUGUUUCCAUCUAGCUAAAUUUAACAGCUGCCUUCCUAGCUAAACGGCCAAGAACUAAUUCACCCGGUAGUAGUCAUUCAAAGGAUUGUGUCACACCAGUUGUUAAAAAUGCUUUACAUGGUCCAACAAUUGACUUCCGUGUGCGUCGAACACCUACGCAUACAGUCCUACGUAGUCAAGGUGUAAAUAAUAUGGUCCGUUCGCCUGUAUCUGCAAUCUAUACAAAUUCAGUAGGAAAGAUAUCGAAAUCAGAGAAUCGAAUGAUAUAUCUAUGAGGCGAAAAGAAUAUCCUCCCACCCCAUGCACCCAUCUGUGUUGUACAUAUCAAAAUAAUGCUCUUUGUCUACACCAGCAUCACUGAUAGUGUGAUUAUCAUCUUCCCUUCUAUAAAUAUUCAAUGAUAUGUUUUGUUUCCUGUCACCAGAACGGUUACUGGCAUACACCUAUACUAAAUGCUGGUUUAUUAAUCUUCCUAAUUUGUUAUGUUUUUGUUUUCCUUUGUUUUUUUUUCACUUGUCUUAUUGUUGCCUUCCCCCGUAUGAUUUGUUCUGCCAAUCGCUUACCUCCAAUUUCGCCAAUCCCUUGGGAGGCAACAGCACAAUGUAAUCAACUAAUAUUACUAUUUAUAUACUUAUUUUACAAGACUCAACACAACAGAGGGAGGGAGAAAGGUAGUGGGACGUUAAAUCUGUAUAUUUCCUCUUAGUCCCCUUCCGUUCAUUGUCUCCCUUUCUCUCCCCCUACACCUGUCCUAUAGUUUUUGUAAGAGUAUAGAGACUGAAGACGAAAGAAAGACAACGAACAUCAGAAGAAUUAUGUACAUUAUAUUUCUUGGUUUAUUGCUUAGGUUUACAUAUCUGUAAAUAGUCUCAGUGAUUUGUUAUAUCUACUUAUUUAUUCAACGAAUCAAUAAAAUUUAUCAGUAUUAAUCUCCUC